AGUGGCUCCUGAUGCAUGUAUUGUUUUUCUGCGGCCACCCUGUUUCUGCUGUUUUUUUAUAUUUUUAUUUUCAAUUCAGUUUUCCCUAUGUCGAACAGGAAUACUUUUGGUGUAAACUUUUGUCUUGGGUAGUUUUGCUGCCAUGUCUCACGAGUCCCGAGCAGUGGAAGCCAUUGAGGGUCCGGGUGGCUGCAUAGUUCACUAGCCACCCCUCCCGACCUGCCACGCACAUCCCUGCUGCCAGGAUGCUCCGUAAAAGCACAAGUGGCGGUGGAGUGAAGCGUAUUCACGCUCCGGCGGCAUCCAGACAUCAGUCCAAUUCCCUGACGGGUUCGCUAUCGGCCGGAUCUACCAAGACCUGGGAUGGCGGGAACAGGCGGCGCUCCCACAUCCUGCUAAGCGACGCUAACCCGUCGGACCCAGCAGUGUCUUGCCCCCCCGGAGUGGACCCGGACUAUGUCAUGACGCUGGUGAAUGACGUCAGAUGGUUCGCCAACGUGCUGCUGCACCUCAAAGAGGCCCUCCAGAGUACAGAGGACAAGGAGGGUCUUCAGCAGGUAGUCCAGGAACGUCUGGCUGAGCUGCUGCGUGUUCUCAAAGCCGUCAUUGCCAAACAUCAGACCCUCAACUCUGUGGACAUUCUGGGCAAAGCGGGCAUGCUAAUCGCCAAGGUGAAAGGCAUCAACUUCAACAAUGUGAGGCAGGACAACAGAGAAGGCACAUUCAGCGAUAUUCACGGGUCUAUCGACACCUUGGCGUUCACGUUCGGCAAUGUAGUUUCUGACUUCCUUAUGGGAGAUGUGGACAACGGCUCAGGGUUGGGGACCCCCCAGACCAGAAGAAGCAGGUCUUUCGACAACCUCGCCGUGGAUCCCGAGGACUAUGCGACGGAGAAGAACGACCUUGCUGGACAAGAUGUUCCUCUGUCGCGUGAAGAGGAGGUGGAUCUGACCCUGCUGAAGCAUGACAGUGGGGUGGAGUCAGCCCUGCUCUAUGCCAAAGCCUGGUCCAAGUACAUCAAAGACCUACUGGUGUGGAUGGAAAAACGAGUGACCAUGGAUAUGGAGUAUGCCAAAAGUUACACCAGAUUGGCUGAGUCUGCUAAGUCGCUGAUGAUGCAGCAGGACUACAUGCCGUUCAGCGACAUUUACAAUACCACCUUCAAGAACGACCUUGAAUACAACCAACUGCUCAUGCAAACUGCCAUGGCCCUGCACACCAAUAAAUUCAUGCAGCCUCUCCUGGCCCGUAAGAAUGAACUGGACAAGCUGAGGAAAGACCUCAAGGAGCAGUGGCAGAGGGUGCAGAAGAAAAUGCAUGAGGCAGACACGAGCUUGCGAAAGGCUAAGGCACUAAAGGCUCAGAGACGAGAGGAGUAUCAGAAGGCCCGCUUGUCCACUAGUCGUUCCCUGGAGGAACAGCCCAACCCUGGCAACAAGCAGGUGGAGAAGAAGAGAAGGCUUGAAGAGGAGGCCCUGCAGAAGGCCGAGGAGGCCGCAGAACAAUACCAGAGCAGCAUGGCUGACGCGGGCGUCAGAAGUAUGGACCUGGCCAACGUAAAACGCACAAUCCUCACUCAGAUCAGAGAGACCAUCUUCCAGUGCGACCUCACCCUCAAGGCGGUGACCGUCAACUGGUUCCAGAUGCAGCACACGCAGAUGGCUUUACUUCCCGCCCAUCACCAGGCGAUGAGUGACAGCGUAAAGCUAUAUGAACCCGGGGAGUGCUACUCUGAGUUUGUGCGCCGUUUGCCCCGAAAUUUGCCCAGGGAGCGCGUGCACUCCGACUCAAUAUCCUCUGACGGCACAAGGUUUGUGUUCGCCAAGCGAUCAGUGGGCAGUUCCCACUCUUCCCACGGUAACCUGUCACAGGCCUCCCUCACCUCCUGUGACGUCCUCAGCGGUGACGAGGUCGACAGCCCGUUACACCGCCGGCCUGGAAUUGCAACACGUCGUUCCAACAGCAGCACCGACAUCCCAGAUGGGUCGAGGGGUCAGGCCCCACCUCUCCGAGCUUGGACCUCUGGAAGUCCGUUGAGUCAGGGUGGGAUGUGCAGUGACUCGGAGAGUGCGGGAGGCAGCAGUGAAUCCAGGUCCAUGGACUCCCCUUCUGCCAGUCCAGGCGACUUCAAGCGACGCCUUCCCAGAACUCCCUCCACGGGCACCAUGUCCUCUGCUGAUGACUUGGAUGAGAGAGAACCUCCAUCACCUUUGGAUAAUGGUCUGGCUGAGAUGGUGACUGAAACAGCUAGCUCUCCCGGGCCCUUCCGGAACACUCAGAUGUCCAAAGCGGCGCAGACGCACAAGUUGAGAAAGCUUCGAGCGCCGUCCAAAUGCCGCGAAUGCGACAGUCUGGUUGUCUUCCAUGGGGCUGAGUGUGAGGAGUGCUCUCUGGCCUGCCACAAGAAGUGUCUGGAGACGCUGGCCAUCCAGUGCGGCCACAAGAAGCUUCAGGGCAGGCUUCAACUCUUUGGCAUCAACUUCAUGCAGGCAUCCAAAAACAGCGCUGACGGCAUCCCCUUCAUCAUUAAAAAAUGCACUUCCGAGAUUGAAAGCCGCGCCCUCAAUAUUAAGGGCAUUUACCGGGUGAAUGGUGCCAAGUCACGCGUGGAGAAGCUGUGCCAGGCCUUCGAGAAUGGCAAAGACCUGGUGGAGCUGUCGGAGCUUUCGCCACACGAUAUCAGCAAUGUGCUCAAGCUCUACCUGAGACAGUUACCAGAGCCGCUGAUCCUGUACCGCCACUACAACGAUUUCAUCGGCCUGGCCAAAGAAUACCAGCGGGUGGUGGUGGAAGAGGCCGACGCCGCUCGGAGCGACGCAAAGGCGGACCACGAGGGCGAAACCCAGAAAUCAGGCGGGCCCAGCAUCUACUUAAACCGUGUGAUUCUCCGGAUUAGAGACCUGCUGCGCCAGCUGCCAACCGCCAACUACCGCACCUUGCAUUUUCUGGUCGCUCACCUGAGCAGAGUGGCAGAGCAGGCGGAGGAGAACAAAAUGACAGCGAGCAACCUAGGCAUCAUCUUCGGCCCCACGCUCGUGAAGCCUCGGCAGGCGGAUGCCGAGGUGUCCCUAUCCUCCCUGGUGGAUUACCCGUACCAGGCCCUUAUGGUGGAGCUGCUGGUGCGACACUUCCAGGUGGUCUUUGAGGGCUCGCCGUUGGACGACACCGCCGCCGCCCACACCUCGCCCCGCCUCACCCCCCAGGAAAAGCUGCAGCGCCUCAGCAGACACUCUGCCUCCUUGACGGACAUCAAAGAGAAUUCCAAAGUAUACAAGAGGUUCUCCUCCGUGAUCCCGUCCACUCACAUCCUGGAUGAGGUCCAGGAGGUUCAGCCGGGUACCGAUGUGACAGACUCAUCGGAUGCCGUCAACGGUGUCGCCGAGGGAGCAAGUCUCCAAAAGUCGGGCCACGCCGCUACCGCUGACUACGCGCCAUCACCGUCCCCUUCCAAGGUCCAGCUCAGAGUCCAUCGAGCCCGGCCAUCGACCCGUCCCCUCAGCGUACCUCUGGAGCACCUGCCUACACCCGCAGAGCACACCGAAUCAGAGGCGGAUCCUAUCGCGCAGACACUACAAGCGGCGGCCAACACCGGCUCGUCCCGAGUCAGCGCCUAUUACAUCACGCCCUUCAUCGAUACUCGGGCCAUGCAGCGGCGGACUUGGGACAGGAAAUACAAACAUUACGACGUGACGCCCAGGACCGCCAUGAUUGUGGCCAAGCUACCCGGCACUGGGACAGCUUCAUCCCUGCUCUCUGCCGCCACCGGCGGCGCCGUGUUUCCAGACAAUCCCUGCGCCGUGUCCGUUAAACCCGCUUGGACGUUCAAACGGGACGAGCUCACAUCAGCAUCGGUUUUGUCACACAAACCCCCGAGGACUCUGCAGCCUCCCCCGGGAACCUUCUACAGGCCCCCUAUCAGCAGGGCCAGGACGCUGCCCGACUGGACCACUACAACCACUACCACCACCACAACCGCGACCACUGUGGCGGCAGCCGGUCUCCCGCCGACACGCCUCCAGACGCAGGACUCCACAGACAGCGCCAUUGACGCUGGGGCGGCUUCAUCACCCCCGCAGUCGCCACCCCCUGACAGUCCCGAAGACCUGGACGCAAAAACCGUCUACCAGAGACUGCGACCUCGACGGCUGCAAGAGCUUGAGCACAGAGAGGCCCACUUUGUCUAAUAAAUUGACAUUUUUCCCACCAAAGCAACAUUUCCGAGUGCUAAUAUAUAAUAACAUUCCUGAGCCUUACCAGUCUCAACAAAACCAAGAGCAGGAGAAAGCAAGAGAAAGACUUAACCGUUGCCGUCUUUGUGUCCCAAUAUUGUCAACCACAAUGCACUUCAUGCAGCUUUUCUAACUCCAGAUUUCUAAGCUACAUAUUUUUUCACCACUUUUUCAUUUGCUGCAUUGUGUUCUACCAAGGAGAAUAAGGGACACACGGAAAAGGAAAAAAAAAUGUUGAAAGAAUAUAUUUGGAGGGGGAAAAAAAUCAUAAAUUGUAUUUUAAUCCCCCAAAAAAUCUCAGCCAAAAACUAUUUCUAGAGGGGAAAGAUGUGAUUUUUUUUUUUUUUUACAUUACAAUGUUAACCCUUUAUAGGGCUAGUGGCUAUUUUUAGUAAUUUAUAAAACCCUUCCACUUACUUACUAGAAUAUUAGCGUUUAUAGUAGCCAUAUACAUGACCAAAAAGUGAUGUCCUCAUAUGGACGCCAGUUUUCAAUUACUAUUACAGUGGUACCGCUACAUAUGAAUUUAAUUCGCUCCAGGACCUGGAUUUUAUUUUAUUUAUUUUUUUAUUUUUAUUUUAUUUAUUUAUUUUUUUUUUUAGGACCUGGAUUUUAAAUCGAAAUGGUCAGAUGUCCAAGCAAGAUUUUCCUAUAAGAAUACAUUACAAUUCAAUUAAUUCGUACCACAGCCCAAAAACCUACGCUAAAUCCUUAAUAAAUACAGCAGGUACAAUUACAAAUAGCCAUAACACAUAGAAAAACAAAUACAAAAUAAAUACGAAUCUGAAUAAUAAUAAUUAGUUGGGGCUUUGCAUAGCAAAGGAAAGGCAAAUUUAUUUAUAUAGCACAAUUCAACACAAGGCAAUUCAAAGUGCUUUACAUCACAUGCAGCUAAUAAAAAUCACAUUAAAUCAAUAGAACGUAAAAACAAAGACAAUCGAAACAGGAAAUAAAAUUAUACAUAAAAAUCGCAUUUAAUCACGAAAAAAAAUACAGCUACUACUAAUAAUGAUUGAAACCAGCAAUGGAGAUAAAGCGAGGUGCGGAAGAGUGCGAAGGUUUGAGUUAUCUUUUCAUGUUCUGUUGUUGUUGCCGUUGGCUACAGCGGACAAUAGCCAUCCUGUGUUGCAAAAGUUCUGAAGUAAAUGAUCGAAAACCCGACGAAGCUGGCGAGUUCCUUGCCGAUGUUGCAAUAAUAAAAAUUAUAAGUCCUCGCGAUUGUAGACAUUUUCGGCCGUAUUGUCGAGCCAGUUCCCUGACGCCAACUCCACUCUCAUAUUUUUUUUUUAUCAUUUCCCUUUUAAUUUCAGUGUUAAGCGUCGCCUUUUUUCUUUUUUCACCAUCUGCACUUCCUUUCUUAGGACCCAUGUUGAUUCGUCUCACAAGAAAGUCUGCAAUGCGUUCGUCUUGUGGGAAAGCAAUGAAAUUGCGACGCUUUCAUAAAUUGUCGUAUUUCGAGUCGUAAUAUGUCGUGACAAACGACGAGUCAAAUUUUACGUUGGAUGUCGAAAGAUCGUAUGUCGAGGUACCACUGUUGUUUUUUUUUAAUUGAUUAUAAAUUAAUACAAUGUUAAUAAAAACUUCAAAUUUAAAUACAGUCUGGUUAUGGCCCCCAAAAGUGGAUUGUUUUAUUUUUUUAUAAUGUCAUAGUAUUUAGAUGAGUACCCUCUAAAUGGUUGAACAUGUGUGUGUGUUUUUUUUUUUUUUUUUGUAGAUUUUUUUUUUCACAAAAAAUGUCAUAUUUUUGCCAAGUAAAAUUUUUGACUUUUUUUGUGUUUGUUUUUAAGUAAAAUGUUAUUUAGAGUUUCAAAUGGGAAAGUAUUUUUCAGUAUAUGGAAAAAAAGAUUUCUUGGGGGGAAAAAAAUCCAGCUAGGAUAAAAUCAAGUAGGAUUUUGGAUGGAAAAGAAUGCAUCACAUCUUUAUUUUAUUUUAUUUUUUUUGCUUAUUGGCUGCCAUUGACAGCAAUAGACGUCUAAUCUAUUUGAACUGGAAGGAACGAAUGUUAGUCUGCUGCCAGCACUCCUAGUUCAAAUGAAUUGUAUGUCUACAGUUGAUAAACUCAUUUUCAAUCACAGCAGAAAGUUGAAACGAGCCACAUAUUGGGAUAUGUCGUAUCGUCAAUGACGCUGACAGACUUUAUGAGAAUACGGCUGUUUGCGCACUCAAGCAAGCAAGCAAAAAGGACCAACUGAAAUAUCUUGAAAAAGGACAUUCUGGUUAUUUUUAAACCCAUAUAUAUUGUCUUGCAAACCUGAUUAAAUCACUUCAAAGGUUAUGGAAUUAUUGUUUAAAAAUGUAUUGCAUGGAUAACCUUGAUGCAUAAAUCAUUAUUUUGGGGGGGCAAAGGUUAGAUAGUAAUAGAAAGUUACAGGAGAAAAUGGUCAUUUCGCUCGCAGGGGAAAAGGUUGUGAUUUUUUUCGUGUGCUGAGUAAUACGGUUUAUAUUAAGAAGCAGACGCACAGUGCCCUCCAUAAUAAUUGGCACCCCUGGUUAAGAUGUGUUUUUUAGCUUCUAAUAUUGUUUUUAAUUCAAAUAAUAUGGGACCUUAAUUGAAAAAAAGAGAAAAAUCCAACCUUCAACACAAGUACAUUUAUUCAGUGGGGAAAAAAAUCCCACGUAAAGAAAUAAUUAUUUGACAUCAAAUAAUGGGUGUCACUAUUAUUAGCACACCUGGUGUUAAUACUUUGUACUACCCCCUUUUUUCCAACAAAACAGCACCUAAUCUUCUCCUAUAAUGUUUCACAAGCUUGAUUUUGUGUAUGGUGAACCAUUUCUGUGUAGAUUUGGCCAUAUUGUCUUGCUGAAAGACCCAGUGACGACCCAUCUUCAGCUUUCGGGCAGAGGGCAACAGAUUUUGAUUUAAAAUGUCCUGGUAUUUCAAAGCAUUCAUGGUGCUAUGCACCCUAACACGGUUCCCAGGGCCUUUGGAAGCGAAACAUCCCCACAGAAUCACUGACCCACCCCCAUACUUCACAGUGGGUAUGAGGUGCUUUUCAGCAUGCGCAUCUUUUGUGGCACGCCAGACCCACUUAGAGUGUUUGUUGCCAAAAAUGCUAAAUCUUGGUCUCAUCUGACCAAAGCACACAGUCCCAGUUGAAGCCUGGGAGCUAAUAAUUGUGACACAGAUUAUUUGAUGUCAAAUAAUUAUUUCUUUAUGUGGGAUUUUUUCCCCAAUGAAUAAAUGCACUUGUAUUGAAGGUUGGAUUUUUCUCUUUUUUUCCAUUAAGGUCCCAUAUUAUUUGAAUUAAAAAAAUAUUAGAAGCUAAAAAACACAUCUUAACCAGGGGUGUCAAUAAUUAUGGAGGGCACUGUAUUUUUAAAAGCAUACUUUUUCGGUGGCAAAACAGUCAUGAGUCAUGUUAUCCUUGAAAGUUUGUCUUUUCAAACAAGCUGCGAUGUUAUUUGAGCUUUUUUUUUUAACUGAGUCUUUUGAGUAAGACAAUUUUAAUAUUUAAAAUUUUCAGAGGGUAAGUGAAGUAGGUUGGCUGCACGAAGAUGAUUUUUUUUUUUUUUUUUUAAGUUCAGGAAUGGAGAGAGCUUGAUGAAUGCACGAGGGCAAGUGUGGCUUAGGUUAAAAAACGAAUUCUGGAAAGUUUAAUUUAUUUUGAAGUGUUUUUUUUUUUCUUGUAAUUUUCUUGGAGAAAUAUGACAUUUGUGUAUGGAAAAAAAUGUGUAGCCAAUUUGAAAGUUUCACACAAUAUUCUUUUUCGAAUAAUAGUGUUUAUAUGACCUAUUUUUGCUUUGUUUUUCAUUGCUUGCCCCAUAUUUUUUUACUCUUGUAAUUUUCUAGCUGUUCUCGCUGCAUAAUUUGUCACGAAAAGAAGCCAACUGUACUGUCUUGAAAUGAGUAAUUUCAAAUGAAAACUAACUAUAUUUCGGUUAAUUGUAAUUUGAAAAUUGUGGCUCUGUUCGUGCAAUAUUGUGACAUCCUUUUAGGGAAAAAAAACAGCUUUAUUCCUGUGUCAUUACAACUUUAUAUUUUGUGUGGGUUUUUUUUUUUGGUGUUAUAUCCUUUUCCAUGAGUCCCUGUUAUUCCUUGGUAGCUUUGUUGUGAUUGGUACCUCCUGUUGUGGAUAUGUAAAGCAUAUUUAUCUAUUGUCAUUUUACUCUCUGUGGUGCGUGUUUGCCGCAUCCCAUUGUGGUGACCUCCCCGAUGACGUGCGGCCUUUCUUGCCGCAGAUUAAAAAUA